UGUGGUGACGUCACGACACCUUCAGGAAAAAGACACGGUGGAAUCCAUGAUCACCUCAGGCUGAUGAAUGUCUCUAGUUUGGGUGAAAUGAAACAAGAAUCAAGCCAGUGAGGACUGAAUUCGCACUUUAAACUUUGUGUCCUUUGUAGACUUGCAUGUUGCGUUCCUGUGAGCACAAACACGAUGUCUGCCUCCGCUGUAUUCAUCCUGGAUCUGAAGGGGAAGGUGUUGAUAUGUCGGAACUACAAAGGCGAUGUGGACAUGGCAGAGAUCGACCACUUCUUGCCUUUGCUCAUGCAGCAUGAAGAGGAAGGGCUUCUCUGCCCUGUGCUGUCACAUGGCAGCGUUCACUUCAUGUGGAUCAAAUACAGCAACCUGUACCUGGUGGCCACGACCAACAAGAACUCCAAUGCCUCCCUUGUGUAUUCGUUCCUAUACAAACUAGUCGAGGUGUUCACAGAGUACUUCAAAGAGUUGGAGGAGGAGAGCAUUCAGGACAAUUUUGUGGUUGUCUACGAGCUGCUGGAUGAGCUGAUGGACUUUGGAUUCCCUCAGACUACCGACAGCAAGAUCUUACAGGAAUACAUCACUCAGGAAGGUGCCAAGCUUGAGGUGGCAAAGUCCAAGGUGCCCACCACGGUCACCAACGCAGUCUCCUGGAGGUCAGAGGGGAUCAAAUACAAGAAGAAUGAGGUCUUUAUUGAUGUGAUCGAGUCCAUCAAUGUACUGGUGAACGCCAAUGGCAGUGUGAUGAGCAGUGACAUCGUGGGCAGCAUCAAGCUGAAAACCAUGCUCUCUGGGAUGCCUGAACUGCGGCUGGGCCUCAACGAUCGAGUGCUUUUCGCUCUAACUGGACGUGACAAGGGAAAGACAGUGACUAUGGAGGAUGUGAAGUUCCACCAGUGCGUCCGUCUCUCACGCUUCGAGAGUGAUCGAACAAUCUCCUUCAUUCCUCCAGACGGCGAGUCUGAACUCAUGUCCUACCGCAUCAACACCCAUGUAAAACCUCUGAUAUGGAUUGAAUCAAUCAUAGAGAAGUUCUCUCAUAGUAGAGUGGAAAUCAUGGUUAAGGCAAAGGGGCAAUUUAAAAAACAGUCUGUGGCAAAUAAUGUGGAGGUGAGAGUCCCUGUCCCCAGUGAUGCAGACUCGCCCAAGUUCAAAACCAGCACUGGCAAUGCCAAGUAUGUGCCUGAGAAGAACCUGGUGGUGUGGACCAUCAAGUCUUUCCCUGGAGGUAAAGAGUUUCUAAUGAGAGCUCAUUUUGGUCUGCCCAGUGUGGAGAAUGAUGAGGCUGAGGGAAAACCUCCCAUUACUGUCAAAUUUGAAAUCCCAUACUUCACAGUCUCAGGAAUACAGGUGCGAUAUAUGAAGAUCAUUGAAAAAAGUGGUUACCAGGCUUUACCAUGGGUCCGAUAUAUUACACAGAGUGGAGACUACCAGCUGAGGACCAAUGUGUAACGCUUGAGGAAAUACUGUAUAUUCUUCACUUCCAGCACCUCUGGAGGAGCAGCAAUGAUCACUUUAACUUGACUGAGAGAAUGUCUUUAGAUUUCACCUGCUUUAUUUAAUGUCAGUGAUCUUGUUUUAUCAGCUCUGUGUGCAGCUUGAUUUUAAUGUUUCUGUUCUGAGACCACUGCAAAUUAUUUAAAUGAUUAAUGAAAUGAUUCCCUUAAUAUAAUCUGUCAAUAAUAGCCUUUGUAUUAUUGUGA